UGGAUCCAGUUUGCCCGCCAUCGCCGACCGCAGGUGUUUUUAAUUGUCGUAAUACAAACGCCCUCUAAGGAACCAGUCGGCCUGUUUCACCGAGACAAGAGCUUUAAAACUACGCAAUAUAUAUUUUUAGGAGGGAAAAGGUAACCCAGAAAUGACUUUAAACGACAAUAAGCUGAGUGUCUUCCUCCUGCUCCUGCUUGGCUUCGCACACCGCCAAGUUACAGGAGUCUGCGAUGUAGACUUUUGUACCGAUCCGGAGAAAUGUAUCCUCUCUGAAGACAGGAACAGCUGCAAGUGUGUGGAAGGAUUUUAUGAUAACCACUGUAACAAAGAUGCACACCUCAAAGUCCUUUGCACCAAAGACUACAUGGGACUGAGCGCAACAGAAGCGUUCUUCUUGUAUUACAAUGCGCCUGUCGAGGCUCUGCACCUGCCCAACAGAGAGUGCAAAGCACACAGGGAAGUUAUCGGCAACAUUCCGUACUUUGUGGUCAAGGUAUCCAAAGAUCAAUAUAUGGACUGCGGCGGAAAGCCGCUUGAGAAAAACUUCACUCAUGUCAUAUAUACCCUGAGUCUUCAAACAGAGCCUCGGGCCGCAGGAAAUAUCAUCCGGGAUCCAGUCAUUAAGCUGGAGUUCAUCUGUAUCUUUCCAUUAGUCAGAACAGUCAGCUUGCCUUUCCCAGUCAACCCCAUUAUUAGUGAGGCGAUGGUGCGUGUGGAUGAGCUGGAGGCAAUCAUACAGAUGAGUCUGUACACCGAUCAGAGCUACACUCAAGCCUUCACCAGUGCACCCACCAUUGAGCUGGGAGAUAAGGUGUUUGUGGAGGUGACCGUGACAGAGCCUGCGGACUUCUUUCUUCUUCGCAUCAACGACUGUUGGGCCACACAGAGUCACCAAGCCAAUGAUUCUGAGGGAUUGGACCACAGCCUGCUUUUGAAUGGGUGCGUGAAUGACAAUACUGUGUCCUUCCACAAUCUGAGCGAUGAACAUUCCCAACACUCCGACACAAACGGGCAGAGCUCCACCCUUCACUACAGCUUUGAAAUGUUUCGAUUCACGACCGAGCCCCACGAAUUCUACCUGCACUGCACUGUGCAGCUCUGUGACCCGGAUGACAGGAAGUCCUGCACCCCUAACUGUAAAUCCAUCGCUAAGAGGGAAGCCGUGCGAGCAGACCCUCCCCAGGCGCUUAUAUCAUACGGGCCCAUCAAAACUCAAAUACCAGGCAAACCUCUAUCCAGUGUCUUGACGACAGUUGUACUGCCUGUAGCAGGUGUCUGGACCGUGGGCUUCCUCCUUACCCUCUUCAUUGCUGUGGCAAGAGCUGGCAGUAGGAGGCAUGCUGUACAAAUUGAGCAGCCCUGAAGAGCUCAAUAAAAAAAAAAAAAAGUCAACAGUGCUAUUAUCCCUGCUAUGUUAUUGUCAGAACAAGCAGGGCUAAAAUGUCAAACACUGUAGGAUGACAAUUGUCUAAAAUAGUUUUUUAAUCAUAUGACGUUCAUUUAAGGUAGUAAGAAGGGAAGCAGAUAACCAUUGACUUCAACUUCUGAUUGUUGGUCUCAUUGAAGCCUGAAAUUUGUUAGUUUUUGGAUAUCCAACAGACCGUUUUUGUCUUUGUAAAUACACUUGGGUGCAUUAUUUGAGACAACUUUCAAGUUGCUUUCUCAAGGAUGUUUUUACAAAUGCAAUAAAAAAAAUUUGAGGGUCAAA